AUGUCCGCCAACGACGCUAGCUUUAUGAAAAGUACUCAGGCGAGCAGAUCGAGAAAGGGUAAGUUCACUUUAAAGAAAAAGUGUGAUAAAAUAAGUUAUCUGUGAAAAAAUUGUCUGGUUUGAUUAGUUUUCUGAGGUGAAAAAAAAAUAACUUCGCUCGACUACUGCAAAUGUUGAAUUUCAGAACGUCGCUCGUCUUUCCUAUACGGAAUAAACGAAGAUGGAGACGUCGUCAUCACUGGUAAUAUUUUUGAUUUAUAUUUCCCCGGAAAAAAAGUUGUUUUAUAUGAAAAGUAGUAACAUAAAAGCUUUCUUUCCUGCUGUUACAAUAGAAAGCGACACCAAAAAGCUUGUAAUGGAUAUAAUUUUUUCGAAGCUUUCGAGAUUUGGUGAUAAUAACUUGGAAAUCGAGCUUAUGGAAAAUAUUUCACAAAAAUAAAAUGAAAAACAGAAACUGACUUCAUUUAUUUCCAGGCCAGCAACGUCGAUCUCGCUCUUAUGCUCAACGCGGAGUCAAGGCUCAGACCACACGAGCUAAAAGCGCAAUGCCGAAGUUGAACGGAGCUCCCUGCCUGCCUUCCGCAAAAGGUGAGUUUCAGUACUCAAAAAGAAAUGAAUGGUGUGUUUGGAAUCACUAUGAGCCAAAUAAUAAAAGUUACUUCUCCUUUAUAGUAAGAACUUGAACUGAGUUGUCUCAGGCAAGAUCGAGAAGAACGUUUGUCGUCGAUCGCGAUCUGCUGGCCCACGUCCAGAGCCAAUCGUCCGCCGGAACCGCCCGACAUCUGUGGGAAACAAGCAAAUUUCCAGUAAGUUUUUUCUCGAAAGAAAAGAUUGAGAUUGGAACUGCAAAGCACAAUUAUUUUUGCAUUUUCUGGUUAGUUUAGUCAGAUAAUUACAACUUUUUCAGUUUUCAUUUCGAGCCAGAAUUUUUGCAGAGAUUCAACUAGAGAUAACUCUGUAGCCUUCUGAGGGGUAAUGAAAAUAAGAGUACUCUCACGAAAAUCAGAUUUUUGCAAGGUUCAGUUUGACCACAAAUAAGUUUCCUUUAAUUUCAGUCAUGAUAGAAUUAUUUUCAUUCCAACUUUUUCCUAACAACGUUUCAUCUAUUGAGUACUGCACUCAAAGUCGUUUUUUUUUGUGAUAUCAAAAGGUUUUUGUUCCGGGUGGAAGGAAAAAAAGAGAAAUCAUUUUUGCAGUCGCACCUGCGAGUGGUGCCAAUGCGCCAUUGGUUUCCAUGAAGAUAGCGGCAGUCGGACAAAAGAACCCAGUGCCAUCCACGGACUUUAUACCCGUGAAUGGUACCGUCAGCAACAAACCAAGCAGUUAUACAGGUGAAAAUUCUUCUAUUUCUGAAAUCUUCAGAAAAAAUCGGGAUGGGAAAGCCAAUAAGAAAAUUUGCAAUGAAAAUUUGUUUUGGAAGCCUGUGUAUGAUUGUUUUCCAAACAUUUAAACAAAGGUCAUGUCUCCGAAAUCUGAGAACAAACUUUCUCUUGCCAGAAAAAAAUUCCGUAGAAAUGAACUGUUUUGCAGGAUGCGAUCUUUCGGGGAUUCAAGACAGUCGCACUGAACUCGCCAAUGGUUCGGUACCAGCAACGGGCUUGACUCCCAUUGCUGGCGGCCAACCAGGUUAGUUAAAAAAAUAAAUUUCAAAAAUAUCGAUAAAUUCCGAAACAACAUUUGCAAAAUUCUUUUUAAAUUAACAAAAAAACAUAAUCCUUACAUUUAUAGAAAAUUCUGAGACUCUGAAAAUUAUAUAUAAAUUAUUCUGAAGCAGUGGAGGAUCAGAAAAAAUAUAAUGUUUCAGAAAGCUGCCAAGAAGAAUCCGAGACGGCGGAACGAGAAGGACCAAAGUCGGACCUGAUUCCCGACAAUGGUCUGAAAACUAAACCAGUCCCAUCAUAUGCACGCGCUACAGCUUCGUCGAUGAACAGAGCAAAAGGUUUUGAUUUUUUCCAUUAAACAGUUUGGUAAGCUAUACAAAAUAAUUCUGCAAAAUUUAUAUAUUUUCUGAAAACAUUUUUCUCACGAAAAAAGCUCAAUAAUUCCUAUCGAAUUUGGUUGAUGCAACUAUCAAAAAGCCAUUAUGCGAAAAAACUCUUUAUUUUCUCGCCUGUAAAGUACGGAGAUUGAAUAUUCAAAAACAAAUUUUUCAGAUCGUACGGCUUCAUAUAUGCACGGUCUCAUGAAAGGAUCGAUAGUCAAAACUCGAAAAAUUCGUGAGUGACAUUUGUUAAGAUAUAAAAACCUUUUGAAGACCAAAAAAGGAAAAAAUUUACAGAAACAGUCCUUUUACUCUCAGGUUCUCGAAAACUCAUGACUUUUAGUGUCUCUGGUAAAUUUUAUAACACCGAAACGAACAGUUGGGCAAGAAUUGCGAGAAUUACUCGUCAUUGAUAAUAAUCCGAACAUGUUUUUUUGAGAUUGGAUACUCGAAAAUAAACUUCUGAAAGAGAGAAACAUCAGAAAUUAUGAAAACUAUCGUAUAUUAUUGUGUAGCAAAUAAUCAAAGUUUGAAAAGAACAAAAUAUUUCAGGUCGAUCACGUUCAGCCGGUAAAGUCGACCCGAAAAAGACCACCGUACCAGUAAGGAGAUCGCAAAGUGUUGGUGAGUAAUUCGAAACACUUUUUGUAUAGUGUUUACUUGAAAAACUGAAAAAAAUGAUUUGUCCUCACUUUUUUUGAUCAUGAUUUCGAGAGAUAAAAAGAGCAUCCAGCCUUUAAAAUUGAUUGCGAAAAUGUAAAUUAUUAUGUUUCAUACAACUUUUUUCCGACUGGAGCUUGUAUUCAUGAAACAUUUUACAGCCUAAAAAUGGUGUAGAGAGUAUUUUUUCAGCACAAGUCAAAAAAGGCGCCAACGAAAAGCCGGCAUUGGAGGCAAAAGCCGCGCCACCCAGAAAGAGACAAUCUCCUCUCAAAGUCACUCCCUCGACGAAAGGUUGAUAUUUUGCAAUAUUUCAAGACAAUUCAAACUCCAAAAGUCUGAUAAAUCACAAGUCUUCUAGUUGCUCAGACUUUUUCGGAACUUUCACUCAAUUUUUCCUUUAAAACUUCAAAUAGAACGAAAAUUGUGAGGCGUUCAUAUAACGUUUCCAUAAAAGUUUAGUGCAGAAAGAAGAGGAAUUUGAGUUGAGACUCGAAAAACUUUUCAUUCCAUUCUUGGUUUCUAGUUUUUUUUUUCUAUUAGUUACGAUAGUUUAUUAAAAAUGUUGUAACGGAAAAGAGUCCAAAAAAAGUCGUCUACGUAGUUUUCCGUGACUUUCGAACAAAUAAUACAGUGUAAAUUUUUUUGAUUAAGAAACUUCAAUUUCAGAAAAUGAGUACGUACCGCCGACGAAGAAACCGUCACCUUAUCCUUGUACUAUCACCAAAAGAGGUGAGUUUCAAUUGAUAUUGCAUUUUCCGGAGAAUUUUGAGUUUUUGGGCUUUUAAUUGAUUAAAUCUCGCUUGAGAAGAAAAGUGAGAUGAACCUAAUCCAACUUAAUUUCAGUCGUCCCCAAAUUGACGCCAUACGCAGCAGUUCACCCUCAUAUGCCAGGUACUUUUUUUUUUUGAUUAAAACUUAAAAUGAAAAUAUUCAUUUUUUGAUACAAAAGUUUUUACCCAAAGUUUCACGUGCGAAAAAAAUUAGCAUCAACUUCCGAUCUCUUUUAAGUCUAUGACAAAAUCAAAAAAAACAAUGCCUCUUUUGCAGAAACUCAAAAAAACGUCUGUGAAGUCGCCUACAAAGGCCCAUACGAGAUCCUAUGUCUCACCGAAGACAGUUUUUGUCCUAGACCUCUCACUCGAUCGGAACGCCAUUUGCAAGGUCGAGGUACGCGUGAAUUUCCUUUCUUGGUUCUUACUUCGAAAAGCGGAACAACUUGGAAAGCCCAAGAAGUUUUGCUUAUGAAACUUCAAACGAACAAAAAUAAUUAACAUUUUUCAGAUCGGGACCAACAUUUUUGCCUCGAAGAGUUCGACAUGAACAACGAGAGGAACAAGAUUCUUUAA